AUGCAAGAUAUAAGAGCCCAGCUAAUAAGGCUCCAAUCAGGACGCGAGUCAGCGCAGCAAAGUGUCGUCGAGCAAAGUGCUUCUCCUCAAGCAUCGACAAACAGUCGUGUGUUGAUGGACGAGAUCGAGCCCGCGGAUCAACAUGUUCAUGCUGCUCCAGCUGAAGUCAUUCGGCGUGUCGCCUGCCAGGUGACUGGCGAUUUGAGAAGAGCUUUCCACACGAAAGAGGAUGUUGUACACAUGGGUAUGCUUAAUGCCGCAACUGCUGAAAACCUUGUCAAAUCCUUUAUUCGACGACGUCGCCACGUUCUUUUUAUAAAUGAUGAGAGCGAUCUGGUAACUAGAGGCUCUUUGAUUCAAACAUCACCGUUUCUCCAUGCUGUGCUGUGCUCGCAUGAGAUGAGGUUUACCCACACGAGCCAGACAGAUGCCCUGAAGCACAGGCAAGUCUACGAGCAUAUGCGAAACAUGCUUGGUCAGGUAGUGCUGGGUAGCCCUUUACAUCUUGAAGAAAUUACUGGUGUUCUCAUUUGCUCUCUUUUCGCCGGAUCACCAUCGUGCGAGGCUGAAUAUGUCGAUAGCUGGCUUUUGAGUGGUAUUUGCUCACAGCAGGCGAUGCUGUGUAUCCAAUUCUCAGAUAUUCAUCAGCGAACCAAUGCUGGGACUUCCACAAAGCUGGACCUUCGAUCCAUGAGAGUCUGGGCAAACAUAUGCUUGAACCAUCUGCAAAAUCUACUCAAUUUCGAGCAGACCACAAUGCGCGACGCGAUGCUGCUUGCUGAGAUCUCACUUUACUGUACACUCCAGAAAGAAGACUGCGUUAAGCCUACCUUCACAAACGAUGGUUUCAGCUCCAAAUUUGCAAUUUGGAAGCAGCAAUAUGGAUAUCUCCUUGACCUACCUACAGGUCUUAUGCUGAAGUUUAGUUACUGUAUUGCCAACGUCAUCCUAGCAAAACGAACUCUGGAUAGGGUCGAAGCAGAUGUACUGAAUCUCGCCUCAUCGCUCUCGCCACAGACGUCCCGCAGUUCUACGGUGAAUCUCCAAGACCCUUCCACAAAGUCCCUCCAAGGCCACGUAUACGAACUCAGCUUCCGAGUCAUACAGGCAUUCAUCGCUAUCCCAAGUUCAAGCUCUGGAGACUUACCCGAAUUCCACUCCCUCUGCGUUGCUUACUCCCUGCUUAUUCUCGGCCAAUACGAUGAGCUGCCCCCUGCGAUAGCCAAAAGUGAGCUCUAUUCUGCCUUGCAAGAAAUGAAGCGUCGUUGCAAUGAAUCGAAUGCGUAUUCCGUGGCAGUUCGUCUCAGUGUUGAACGGGCUUGGGACAAUUUCUUGAGGGUAGAUGGCGUUAAUUCGGUCGAGGUUGUACGGCAAGAGUCGCAGUUUCAUAGUCAUGCUACUCAGAGCACCGGCGCCAACAAGACAUGUCACAAUUCUGGGGCUGGAGGUCAAGUCGAAUCUCUUGAUCUCGACUUCUUCUUCAAUGGAGGUUACUUGGACCUGCUCGACGUCGAUAACUUCCUCGUUUAG